UUUUGAACUAUAAUACGGCAAACAUGGCCGCUGAUGUUCGAUGCCGCACGCCUGUAUUGUUCACAAGUGCAUCGUAAAUUGUUGGCAGUUUUUUCUUCUCCAAAUUUUGCCCAGAUAUUUUGCAAUCGUUCCUUUGUAUAAGUCAUUUAACGAAUUUUUCAAUUUUUCGUCGUGAGCUUCUCGUUGCUUAUUUUCGUUAUCCGUUCAAUAAUCACCUUUGAUAUAAAAAAUUCCCUCGCGUCUUGGUUUUUCUUCUUCCGCGUGCGUGUUUUAAAUACUUGUAUACACUGAGUCGAGAGAUAAUUCUCGUGUAGUCGUCAAAAGUUUUCGCGAUUGAGUCGAAUAAGAAAAACCUGAAAAUCAACAAAAUGGGCAGAUCUAGAUCACGAACGAAAUCACCGAGUAGGCGUCGUCACAAAAGCAAACAUUCACGAAAACGAUCUAAAUCAAGAGAAAAACGAUCCAGUAGCAAGUACUCCGAAAAACCCAAAGAACGUAGCUCAAAAUCCAGGAAACGCUCGCAUUCAGCAUCAUCCAGCAGUGAAACAGACAUUUCGGACGACGUGCAUAUAGUGAGUCACAAAAAACGUUCGUACAGAGAUCGAGAUCGCAAAAUGGAUGAAGUCGAGCGUCUCGCUGAAAUGGAACGCCAAAGGAAAAAGAAUGAAUAUGCAAACAAAAUUCUGGCCACAAACGCAAUUCGGCGACAGCGAGAGACGGAACAAAAACUGGUGGAGGAGGAAGCGGCGAAGAGGAUCGAGGAGCUUGUACAAAAGAGGGUGGAGGAGGAACUGGAGAAGAGAAAAGAAGAGAUCGAGGCGGAAGUUCAGAGACGAGUCGAGGAAGCUAAGAGGGCGAUGGAGCGACAAAUGAUGGAGGAGAUGGAAUGGCGCCAGGCAAAGCUCCGCGAGGAGGAAAAACGACGAGAGGAGGAAGAGCGGAAAAAACGCGAGGAACUUGAAAGGAUCAUGGAGGAGAACAACAGAAAAAUCGAGGAGGCCCAAAAAAAAUUGGCCGAGGAGAGACUCGCGAUGGUCGAGGAACAACGUUUGAUGGAGGAGGAGAGACAGAAGAUGAGGAAGGAGCAGGAAAAGCGUAUCAAGGAAGAGCAGAAGAAGAUUCUCGGCAAAAACAACUCUAGGCCAAAGCUAUCGUUCACCCUGAAGCCAGUUACGUGAGUCUGUACGCGAGAAGUGCGUGCAGUCUUGCAUGUGAUAAUCUUGAAGUGUUUGGACUUGAAUUAUAUACGAGAAUAAGGACGCGAUAGGGAGAAAAGAAAGCUUGGGAAUACGAUCGUUCGAUGGAUCGUUCGAUCGCAUCGAUCGAUCGGUCUCAAUCGACUAUUUUCUAGAUGAUCCACCGCCGGGAAUCCGAAUUCGUUGAGUAGAGAAAAUAAUCAUAUUCAGACUGCUCAGAUUGUUGCUCGAGGAUCGAUUUUUUAUAUAUUUAUGUAUAUUUAUAUAUGUAUAUAUUUAAUCAAUCGAUUUAUCGACACUUAUUUCGAGUUUUAAAUAGCGCUUUCGAUUGAAUCUCGUCGCUACGACGAGAUUGUGUAAUGGACAUACUGUUAUUUGUAAGAUAAAACCAUUUUUAAUAA